AUGGAGCUUGCUGUCGGAAUUGCUGGGUCUGUCUGGGAGAAAACUUCCGUGAUUGCGUUGUCUGGUACCGCAGAGCAGCGCGUCAGCGCAGGGGUCGCAAUGCUCACUCUAGUUGCCGGAGUAUUUCACUUCCUGCAAGGCAUCCUUAUGCCCUCGGCCUGCGCCGACAUGUGCCUGCAACCCUGGUUCAUGGCUUGUGCAGGGCUCUGGAUGACCGGCUCGGCACUGCUCUUCCUCUAUGACGAAAUGCUCGGCUUCCCAUUCAUGGCGGCAUCUAUGGGCGGUGCAGCCGCCACAGCUCUUCUGAGCCCUCAGAAGCCAGGUGUUAUUGUAUCGCUGAGCUGCUUGGCCGCGCAGGCCUACACCACGAAGCUCCCACAGGAUCCAUCCUACAUCGCCGUUUCUGUCGGUAUGUUUGCCUUCGCGGUGCUUGCUAGGCAGUUUUUGGAUUGCAGUGAUUACUCGCAGGUUCUGAAGAAGGACUGA